UCCGCGAGGGGCGGCCCCGCCAGCCCGCGCCCGCCAUGGAGCCGCCGCCCUCAGCGCUCUGCCUGUUCGACGUGGAUGGGACCCUCACGGCCCCGCGCCAGAAAAUCUCGGCGGAGAUGGCGGCGUUCGUGCAGCGGCUGCGGCAGAAGGUGAAGGUGGGAGUGGUGGGCGGCUCGGACUUCGCCAAGAUCCGCGAGCAGCUGGGCGAGGACGUGAUUGAAAAAUAUGACUAUGUGUUUCCAGAAAACGGCCUGGUAGCAUAUAAAGAUGGGAAGUUCUUGAGCAAGCAGAGCAUUCAGGGCCACCUGGGCGAGGACAUCCUUCAAGAUGUCAUCAACUACUGCCUGAGCUACAUUGCAAAGAUUAAACUGCCAAAGAAGAGAGGCACUUUCAUUGAGUUCCGAAAUGGGAUGUUAAAUGUGUCCCCCAUUGGAAGAAGCUGCAGCCAGGAAGAACGACUUGAGUUCUAUGAACUUGAUAAAAAGGAGCAUAUAAGAGAGAAAUUUGUAGCUGAUCUACAAAGAGAAUUUGCAGGCAAAGGCCUCACAUUUUCUAUAGGAGGGCAGAUCAGCAUCGAUGUGUUUCCAGAUGGCUGGGAUAAAAGGUACUGCUUAGGAAUUGUUGCCAAGGAUGGAUACAAGACUAUUUAUUUCUUUGGAGACAAGACCAUGCCAGGAGGGAAUGACUAUGAAAUUUUCACAGACUCCAGAACAGAAGGCCACAGUGUCACAUCCCCACAGGAUACAAGAAGAAUCUGUGAAGAGCUAUUUUUUAAAUAAAAGACUUUUAGAAUUCACACUUCCAAGAUGGUUAAAACAGCAAAAUAACUUGAAACAUCAUCUUCAUUCUGUAUUGGUUUUUUGUAUUUGGUCAUGAAUAGCAGGUGCUUUGCAGGUCAGUCAUUACUGAAGGGAAAUGUUUCAGUUGAAGACCCCUUGCUGGCUGAGGGAACACAGCAGAGCUCAUUUAGCACCAGUCACAUGAGUACUUUGUUUUCUUUCUGUUUGGUUGUGGGGUUGGGUUAUAUUUUGGGUUGGUUUUUAAGAUACCUGUAAGUUUUCUUACCAAAUUAAUUACAAUUUAGGGGGGGAAUGGGAGGCAUAAUCUGCCUCUGGUUGAUUCACGGUCUCAAAAUUGACCUGCAAUGCUUGAUCCCUAGUUUUUUAUGUUGAAGCUGCUUUUUAAAAGAUGCAGUUGGUUUUUUUUAAAAUACUUACCUUCUGCUAAGUGAAUUAACAUGAAUUAUAAGACAGGUGGGAUUGUCUUGUCUAAAACUGGAAGAUGAGUAGAAGGGAAAGGUUUUAUUUCUUCCUGGGGGUGGGAAGAUGGAACUGAGACAGAAGUCCCUGACCACCAGCCCUGGCAACGCUGGGCCAGCUGGUGCCAAAGUUCCCUCCUCAGGGUGGAUUUGGUGCCAAGGCACAAUCAGGCCAUGGUACCUACACUCUUUGCAGAACAAAUCUAAAAAAUAAUUAGUAAAAAUUAAUUAAAAUAAUUUCACAUCAGCAAAAUCUAUUUCUGUCACUUUCUGAUCAUAUUCUGAGAUUCCUGAUUAAGGAAUUAAGGGUAGGUGAGAUUUUUCGUACUACAAAAAUGACCUAAAUUAUGUUUCUAUUAAAAAUCAAAUCAAUGCCUGACACUUUGUGUAACUGUUAAUGUUACUUUUCUCAUCUGCCAUUAGGAAAGUAAUCUUGAGUUAUGAAUGGUUUGAGAAUAAAAUCUCAUUUUAUCAUGAAAAAAUACUGUUCUAAUUGUCAUCUUGGCAAAUAAAAUACUUAAAGCAGU